CUCUCCGAAAAUGGCGGCCUCGGCGGGCACUUUCCGCUCCGCUCCCUGAAGCCCGGGCGGCGGCGGGGGCGUCAGCGGGGGGGGCCGCCCGCCUUGCCCCCUUUGAACCCCCCCCUCUCUGCAGGAGCCGGGGGGGGCCGGCCACGAGAGGGGGGGAGGGGACUUCACCCCCCCCCCACCACACCCCCCCCCAGUCCUGCCCCCCUGCUGCCGCCCCGGGCCGGCGCGGGGGGUCCGCGGCUGCUGCGUGUCCGCUUCCGGGGCGGUUACAAUGUAGCCAGGCCCGCGGCGGCCGCUCGCUUCCCCCGGGGCGAGAAACUUCCCAGCCCCCCCCCGCGCCGCCGCCGCCGCCGCUUCCCCCCCCCGGGCCGGGCUCGGUCCGCCCGCCCCCCCCCGACACCCUCCCCCCCGGAGGGAGCGGCCAGGCCCGGCUCCGUCGGAUGCGGAUCAAAGGCGACGCCGGAGCAGCUCCCUUUGUGUCUGCCCCGGGAUCCGGCGCCCCGCUCGCGCGGGCUGGGGGGCGCCCCGAGGGGGCCGCGGCCGUGCAGCCCCCCCCCCCGCCAGGGCCGAGGAGGGCUGGGCCCUUGCCCCCCCCACUCCCCCCGGUGUGACCCCGGAUUUGGACCUAGCCGCGUUUCCACACCACCGAAUUCUGCUGCGGGUGACGCUUUAUUUUUUUUUUGCGGGGGGGGGAGGAAAAUCAGACCCCCCCCUCUUUUUUGGGGGGGGUGUGUUUUAAUUAUUUCGUGGACAAUGUUCUCCGCGGCCGCCCGCCGGCGGCUGGCGCUGGGUGCGGGUUCCUGGACGGCCUUGUAACGCGGUCUCUCAGGGAGGGACGGCAGGAGACGGGAUGGAUGAUCGGAAACCGCCCAGCCAGGCCAAAGACGGUGAGGUGCCAGCCGACGGGGGCGCGUCUUCAGAAGAGCGGGGUGGCGCGGAAGGAGACCCCCUGAAGCCGCCGGAAGGGGCCCCCACUGCCCCGGAACCGGAAGCCAAGGAGCCUCCUCAGGCCUGUGGUGCCCUGCCCAGGCGUUGCGCCCUCUGCAACUGCGGCGGGUGGAGCUUGCAUGGGCAGCGGGAGCUCCAGCGCUUCGAGCCGGCGCCCGACUGGAACAAGCGUCUCUCCGAGCUGCCGGACGGCAGGGGCCCUGGCGAGACUCGGCCCCCUGGGGACGACCUGUCCCUGAUCGGCUUCGCGGAGGGGGUGUCACCAGGAGAGCUCUUCGAGCCAACGGGGCACUGCUGGGCCCACCACUGGUGCGCGGCCUGGUCGGUGGGGGUGCAGCUGCAGGCCGGAGCCGGGCUGAGCGACGUGGGCAAAGCUGUUUUCUCAGGGAUCUCGCAGAAAUGUGAACACUGUCGGAGGAUGGGUGCUACCAUUCAGUGCCACUCGGAGGGGUGUCCGCGGCACUACCACUUCCCAUGCGCGGCGGCCAGCGGCGCCUUCCAGUCCAUGAAAACCCUCCAGCUCCUGUGCCCGGAGCACGUGGCCGAGGCGGUGCAGAUGGAGGACUCGCGAUGCGUGGUGUGCGACGGGCCGGGGGACCUGCGCGACCUGCUCUUCUGCACCAGCUGCGGCCUGCACUACCAUGGCACCUGCCUGGACGUCCCCGUCACGCCACGCAAACGCUCUGGCUGGCAGUGCCCCGAGUGCAAAGUCUGCCAAACGUGCAGACAGCCCGGCGCGGACUCCAUGAUGCUGGUGUGCGAGGCCUGUGAUAAGGGCUACCACACGUUCUGCCUGAAGCCGGCCAUCGAGAGCCUUCCCACGGACUCCUGGAAGUGCAAGAACUGCCGGGUGUGCUCCGACUGUGGGUCGCGGCCGGCAGCGCUCGACCCCGGAUGCCACUGGUAUGAGAACUACUCGGUGUGUGAAGGGUGCCAGCGGCACCGGAGCGCGGCAGGAGGCACCGAUGCCGCCCGGUGCUGCCAGAGCUGCCAGAAGCCCUUGCCCCCGGAUUGCAGUGAUGCGGCAGGGGGUUCCGCCUGCCCGGCGUGUCAAGGGCAGCAGAAACACCCGCAGCCGGAUGGGGCCGUGCCCCAGGAAGAGAUGCCCUCGGGGUGUGAAGCCAAACCACUAGGUCCCGCUCCGGAGCCGGAGGAGGCGCCAGGCCCAGCAGCACCUGCCAAGGACGAGGCGACGGAGCCGACACCCCCCGAGACGGCCCCUGAACCGCCAGCCCUGCCCCCGGCCCCCCCAGACCCCGCUGUUGCCGCAUCGCCCGCCCGCUCUGAGGAGCCGCCACCGGAUGCCAAAGAGGAACCGGCCCCCAAGCAGCCAGUGGGACCCCCUGCCAUCACCGCAGCGCCGCUGGAGCCUGCAGGCAGCCCCCAGCCCCCCAUGGACAAGGAGCCUGCCUCCCCACCCCGGACAGAGACACCCCCCACAGUCCCUCUGCCAGGCUCCCCUGCUCCCCAGCUGGGCCCCCCACAGCCCAGAGAAGCGAUGGAGUGUGGGGAGGAGGAGGGGAUGGACACGGCAGGGGGCGAGGCGGGGUCCCUGGCCAGCCCCGCCGGGGAUGGUGCCCAGUCCACCCCAGCUGUGGCCCUGGGGCCGUUCCCAGCCUUGGCGCAGGAGGAAGAGGAGGAGGGAGCCGCUGGGCUGGAGCAGGCGGGGGCUGGGGGGAGGUGCUCUCCCCCACUGAGUGAGGACGGGCUAGAGGAGAGCCGGGGCGGAGGGGACCCCGAGUCCAGCCAGACCCCGGUCAGCUUCACCAGCGAGCCUAAGGGGUCCCCCAUGCUGCUGGAGCCCGAGGAGCUGGGCCCGGCCACCCCAAUGGAGGUGUAUGGGACGAGCGGGAAGCUGCUGGAGCGUGGGGAAGAGGGGGGCCCCGAGCCCCCCGUCCUGCGGCCCCGUCCCACCCUCAUCAAGUCGGACAUCGUCAACGAGAUCUCCAACCUGAGCCAGGGCGACACCAGAAGCAGCUUUCCCGGCUCGGAGCCCCUGCUGGGCUCUCCGGACCCUGAGGGCGGGGGCUCUCUCUCCAUGGAGCUGGGCAUGACCUCCACCGACAUCAGCCUGCAGAAGGACGACGCCGGCUCCCUGCCCCACUGCACCGACUCGCUGGCUGAGACGGACGACUCGCUGCUCUUCGAGCCCGGCACUGGGGCCAAGGGCGAGGGGGAGAAGGGGCGUCGGCGCAGCUCCCCGGGGCGCUCCCGCGUCAAGCAGGGUCGCAGCAGCAGCUUCCCAGGGAGGAGGCGGCCCCGAGGCGGGACCCAGGGGGGCCGGGGCCGGGGCCGAGCUCGGCUGAAGUCGACCACCUCGUCCAUUGAGACCCUCGCGCUGGCGGAUAUCGACAGCUCCCCCAGCAAGGAGGAUGACGAGGAGGAGGACGACACCAUGCAGAACACUGUCGUGCUUUUCUCCAACACGGACAAGUUCGUUCUCAUGCAGGACAUGUGCGUGGUGUGCGGCAGCUUCGGGCGCGGGGCGGAGGGGCACCUCCUGGCCUGCUCCCAGUGCUCCCAGUGCUACCACCCCUACUGCGUCAACAGCAAGAUCACCAAGGUGAUGCUGCUGAAGGGCUGGCGCUGCGUGGAGUGCAUCGUCUGCGAGGUGUGCGGCAAGGCCUCGGACCCCUCGCGCCUGCUGCUUUGCGACGACUGCGACAUCAGCUACCACACCUACUGCCUGGACCCGCCGCUGCACACCGUGCCCAAGGGCGGCUGGAAGUGCAAGUGGUGCGUGUGCUGCGUGCAGUGCGGGGCGGGCUCCCCCGGAUUCCACUGUGAGUGGCAGAACAACUACACGCACUGCGCCCCCUGUGCCAGCCUUGUCACCUGCCCCGUCUGCCGGGCGAAGUACGUGGAAGACGACCUGCUCAUCCAGUGCAGGCACUGCGACCGGUGGAUCCACGCAGUGUGUAGCAAUCUCUUCACGGAGGAGGAGGUGGAACAGGCAGCAGACGAGGGCUUCGACUGCAGCUCCUGCCAGCCCUACGUGGUCAAGCCAGUCGUUCCCGUCGCCCCCCCAGAGAUCAUCCCGGUGAAGAUCAAGGAGCCGGAGCCCCAGUAUUUCCGCUUCGAAGGCGUCUGGCUGACGGAGACCGGCAUGGCCGUGCUGCGCAACCUGUCCAUGUCCCCUCUGCACAAACGCAGGCAACGCAAGACCCGGCUGGGCCCCCUGAAUGGGGAGGGGGGCCUGGAGGGGGGCGACCCCCUGGGUGCGGACGAGAAGAAGGACGGGGAUCUGGACGUGGAUGACCUGAAGGGUGAAGGGGGUGUGGAGCACAUGGAGUGUGAGAUCAAGCUGGAAGCUGCUGCCAGCCCCGACCGGGACGGGGGCGCCGACGUGGACUCGGGGAAGGGGCUGGAGGAUUCGGAGGAGUGCAAGAAGAGGAAGCGGAAGCCAUACCGCCCCGGGAUCGGCGGGUUCAUGGUGCGGCAGCGGAAGUCCCAUACCCGGCUGAAGAAGGGCUCGGCGGCGCUGGUGGAGGCGUGUCGCGAGGUGCUGAGCGCCGAGGGGCACCCGGAGGACGGGGCGCCGGCGGAGAUCCCAGCGGAGGGCGCUGCGGAGCAGGGUGCAACGGAGGUGGACGAGAAGAAGAAACGCAGAGGCAGGAAGAAGAGCAAGUUGGAGGACAUGUUCCCUGCCUACCUCCAGGAAGCGUUCUUCGGGAAGGCGCUCAUGGACCUGAGCCGGAAGGCCCUGCUGGCUGCGGGGGGUGUAGGGGAUGGAGCCGCCUGCCCCCCCUUUGGCCAGGGUGCUCCCAGACCAAGGGUGGACCCUGGGGUGCCCGGCACACUCCAGAAGGCGCCUGGAGAUGGGAAGGAGACCCCUGCCCAUCUGAAAGGGGACAGCAGCAUGGACAGCAGCACCCUGGUGGCCCAAGAGGAGGACCCGAAAGGGGCGGAAGCGAAGGCCGAGGACCCAGGGACAGAGGAGCCGAAAGGUUCUCCGGAUCCUGGGGACAGCGAGAAGCCCGCGACGCCCGGCGAGGGUGCUCUCAGCUCCGACCUUGACAAGAUCCCCACAGAAGAAUUGCCCAAGAUGGAGAGCAAGGACAUCCAGCAGCUCUUCAAGGACGUGCUGGGCUCUGCCGAGCGGGAGCAGCAGCUGAGCUGCGUGGCGGCAGGGAUGGAGGCCGGCAUGGGAGGGCGAGACCCCAACCGGGCACAGCUCUCUCAGAGGCCCUUCCUGCAAGGGAGUGUUUCUCUGGGCUCUCUCUCCUCCGCCGUCCCCAUGGAGUCCUACUCAGGAGUCUGCCAGUCCCCAUUCCUCGAUAACAGGGAGAGAAGUGGCUUCUUCAGCCCAGACCACUGCGAGCCCGAGAGCCCCUGGGCCAGCAGCUCGGCUGCCACCACCCCCUCCACGCCCACCACCCCCACCACGGAGGGUGAGGGGGAUGGGCUCUCCUACAACCAGCGGAGCCUACAGCGCUGGGAGAAGGAUGAGGAGCUGGGCGAGCUGUCCACCAUCUCGCCCGUACUCUAUGCCAACAUGAACUUCCCCAGCCUCAAGCAGGAUUACCCAGACUGGUCCAGCCGCUGCAAACAGAUCAUGAAGCUCUGGAGAAAGGUCCCUGCCCCGGACAAAGCCCCCUACUUGCAAAAGGCCAAAGAUAACCGGGCGGCUCAUCGCAUCAACAAGGUGCAGAAGCAGGCCGAGAGCCAGAUCAGCAAGCAGACCAAAGGGGAGGUGCUGCGCAAGCCUGAGAGACCCGCGCUGCACCUGAGGAUCCCGCCGCAGCAGGGGGCGCUGCCUGGUGCUGCGGGGCAGCCUGUCUACAUCAACAGCCCGCUGGCCCUGCCUGGCUCCACGGACGGGUUCCUGAAGUCCCCUGCUGGCGUUGAAGCGGGGGCCGAGUCCAGCGAGCUCUCCCUCAAGCUUCCUUCCCAAGUGCCUUCGCACGACCCCUACAGCAUGGCCCCCACCUACCCGCUGGAGCCCCGCUUCCCCUCGCCCCUGGGCCAGAGCCCCACUGCCGGAGCUGCCUUCCAGCCCUUCCCCACGCAACAGCAGCAGCAGCAGCUCCUGCCCACUCCCCGGCCGGCCCUGGGCCCCCAGCCUCCGGAGUUCCACCCCACCUCCCCUGGACCCCCCCGGCACCAGCCCUCCACCCCAGACCCCUUCCUGAAACCUCGCUGCCUCAGUGGCUCUCUGGACAACCUGUCGGUGCCAGGGAGCCCUGGGGCCAGGCCCCCCGAGCCGCUGCUCUCACCCCCUCCAUUCGGGGAGCAGAAGCGGAGCCUGGAGGCUGGGGGGCUGCAGGUGAAGAAGGAGGAAGGGGGCCCGGGAGUGUGUUCUCCUGGCUACGUGGCUGCCAUGGGCUACGCCGAUUCCCCGUCCCACCUCUCCUCCGCCGAGCUGAAGGCGGCCGACGUGUUCAAAGCCCCCCUGACCCCACGGGUCUCUCAGGUAGAGCCACAGAGCCCAGGGCUCGUGCAUCCCCAUCCCCAGGCUUUGGCCCCCUCACCUCCCAGCCACCCCGACCUCUACAGGCAGUCGCCCUCCGUGUCCUGCUACUCGGACCCCUAUGCCCAGCCCCCCCUGACGCCCCGGCCACAGCCCCCCGAGAGCUGCUGUGCCCUGCCCCCCAGGUCCUUGCCUUCUGACCCCUUCUCCCGCAUCCCCGCCAGCCCACAGUCCCAGUCCAGCUCCCAGUCCCCCCUCACCCCCCGGCCACUCUCCAAUGAGGCUUGCUGCCAGUCACCCGUCACCCCUCGCUUCCAGUCGCCCGACCCCUACUCCAGACCCCCCUCGCGCCCCCAGUCCCGGGACCCCUUUGCCCCCCUGCACAAGCCCCCGCGGCCCCAAAUGCCUGACUCCGGCUUCAAAUCGAUCCCAGUCUCCCACAAUCCCCCAGCUGGCGGGGGCUUCCCUCCAGCCCAGCCCAGUGACCCUCACUCCAAGGGGCCGGGAAGCCAGCAGCCCCCCUUUGCUCGCUCCCCCGGAGCCAGCGUCUUCCCUGGCGCCCCGGCGCAGAUGCGGUUCACCUUCCCCCCAGCUGUCUCGGAGACCCUCAAGGGUUCCCCCUCCCACCAACCCCACGGGAUGAACAGCCAUUUCGCCUCUAGCCAGCCCGUGGGCAAGCCCCAAAGCACCAACUAUGCCUCCUCGCCCGGCUUCCACCAGGCCGGUAGCCCCCUGGGGCCUGGCAACUGCCCUGCUGAAACCUACAGCCUCUCUCCCCUGCGGCCCCCCUCGGUGCUGCCACAGCAGCCCCCCAACCCCCAGCAGCAGCAGGACGGCUCCCUGACCUACUUGCCCCGAGCCGGUAUGGCGCUGCCAGCUGACAAGCGGGAGGAGGUGGUGUCGGGGAUCUCUGCUCUCCCCAGCCGGGAGCUGCCCGAGCUGCCCGUCAGCCAGGAGGGCACCCUCAGCAGCGUCAGCCAGUCGGAGCUGGAGAAGCAGAGGCAGCGCCAGAGACUCCGCGAGCUCCUCAUCCGCCAGCAGAUCCAGAGGAACAACCUGCGGCAGGAGAAGGAGAGCGCAGCCGCCGCCACCAGCUCCUCCCAGGCAGCGUGGAGCGCUGAAGCCAGCAGCCCGGCCUUCGAGCAGCUCAGGGGCCUGGCACCCUACCAGCCAGCACAGGACAAGAGCACCCUCGGGAAUCUGCCCGCAGCCCCUGGUAGCAGCAAACUCUCUGGGCCAAUUAUGGUGCCCGUGGCCUUCGCACCGGACGAACGGCUUUCUCGCCCGCCUCCUGCCGCCACGCCCUCCUCCAUGGACCUCAACGGCAGGCCGGCGGUGGGAGCCCCCCAGACCUUCUUCCAACGCGGCAUGUUCCAGGGACCCUCGCCGCAGCAGCAGCAGAUGUGGCAGCAGCAGGCGGCCGUGCGGCUCCCCAGCCCGGCCCGCUUCCAGCAGCCGCCUGGCCACGAGCUCGGCCGGCCGGCGCUGGGGGGCCUGGCUGGGCGCGUGCCGGGCCCUGCCGAGCAGAUCCCAUCCUCGCCCGGCGCCAUGGGGGCCCAGUUCAUUGAGCUGCGGCACAACUCCCAGAAGGGGGCAGCCGGGGGCAUGGGCUCCCCCUUCGCCCAGCAGGGCCCCCCGGCCAGGCCACGCUUCUUCCUGCCCGGCGACGAGAGCUCCAGCCAGGUCCUGCGUGCCUCUGUCAUGCCUCUGGCAGCCCCGGUCCUGCAGCCCCCGAAGCUGCCGGCCCCUCUGCCGCCCUCUGCUUCGUCCCCACAGGGGGCUCAGCGGAGCCACCAGCCUCCCCCCAAAAGUGGCCCUCCGCUGCCCCCGCCUGCCAGCGGCCUGGAGCUGCAGCAUGGGCCACCCCGCCCGCUGUCGUCCACCAGCCUGCGCCCCGAGGGCCCCAAGGACAGCCCCGCCAUGGAGCCCCCGCUGGCUCCAGCCCCGGCUCCAGCUCCCAGCAAGAGCCACCUGGCGCUGGAGGGCGGGCGGCUCCCGUGCGAGGUCCCGGGGGAGCCCGACCUGGACGACGACUUUGACUCCCACAAGGACCUGGAGGACGACGACCUGGCCAACCUGAGCCUGGACCCGGACGUGGCCAAGGGGGACGACGACCUGGGCAACCUGGACAACCUGGAGACCAACGACCCCCACCUGGACGACCUGCUGAAUGGCGACGAGUUUGACCUGCUGGCCUACACUGACCCCGAGCUGGACACGGGUGACAAGAAGGACAUCUUCAACGAGCACCUGCGCCUGGUGGAGUCGGCCAACGAGAAGGCUGAGCGUGAGGCCCUGCUCAAGAGGGAGCCAGCUGGGCCCUGCCCCAAGGGCCCCGGGGAGCUCAAGGAGCUGGCACCCCCCAGGGAGGGGCUGGCGCCUGCCCCCUGCCCUUCCAGCACGGCACCGGCUCCCCACCCGACCUUCAAGGCCCAGGCUAGCAUCCUGGAAGCCAAGCCAGCCUCCCUGCCGGCUAGCGUCCAGCCCAAGCUGGAGGAUGGCUGCCUGAAGACAUCCCCCUGCCAGUUCAAUGCUGGUGCCUCUGACCGCCUCCCGGUCCCCAUCAAGUCGGAGGCCCUCCAGGGGGCCGAGAAAAUGACUGCCUCCCUCGGCCUGACGCUCAAGCCUGGCCAGAACCUGUUGAAUCCCGGAGCGGGGCCCGUGCGGCUCGGCACAGCCCCCUUCCCAAACAACGGCCAGCCUGCCACCUCUGGCUCAGACAAGGGCCCCUACGCUGCCCCGGGCCGCGGGCUGGCACCCAGCCAGAGCACUGCCCUGCUGGAGCUGGAUGGAGGGGCCUUGGGCCUGGCCAACGCCCAGCACUCACCGGCUGAUGACCUGGAGAAGAUGGAGAGCUCCCUGGUGGCCAGCGAGCUGCCCCUGCUCAUCGAGGACCUGCUGGAGCACGAGAAGAAGGAGCUGCAGAAGAAGCAGCAGAUGUCGGCCCACCUGCCGGGGGGCGCCCAGCACCUCCAGACUGUGCAGCCGCACUCCAUGCUGGCUCACCCUGCGGGGCCAGCCCAGCCCCCGGACGGGCAGGCUCCCCGCCUGGUGGGGCCCCAGCAACAGCUGCAGCUGGGCCUCAUCGCCAGGCAGCAGAACCUGGUGCCCACCCAACAGCUGAUGACGCAGCAGCAGCGGGUGGUGGGACCCCAGCAGGGCCAGGUGCUGGCCCCACACAUGGCGCAGCCGCAGCCCCAGCCCCAGCCCCAUGUCCUCGCGGCCCAGCACGGCGUCCAGCCGGCGCUGACCCCGCAGCCAAACCAGCAGCAGGUGCUGGUGCAGAAGCAGAUACCUGGGGUGCAGCCGACCCCCAUGGGCAUGAAACCCCAGCAGCUCGUCAUGCAGCAGCACCAGCUGGCCAACAGCUUCUUCCCUGACACAGACCUGGAUAAGUUUGCGGCUGAGGACAUCAUGGACCCCAUCGCCAAGGCCAAGAUGGUAGCGCUGAAGGGCAUCAAGAAGGUGAUGGCUCAGGGAAGCAUUGGGGUGGCCCCUGGGAUGAACAGGCAACAGGUGUCCCUGCUGGCUCAGCGGCUCUCGGGAGCCACGGCCACCGCCGAAAUGCAGAACCACGUCCCAGCUGGGAGCGGACAGGAGCGAAGUGGCAGCGACCCGUCUCAGACCCGCCCCAACCCACCCACCUUCGCUCAGGGCGUCAUCAACGAGGCCGACCAGCGGCAGUACGAGGAGUGGCUCUUCCACACCCAGCAGCUCCUGCAGAUGCAGCUGAAGGUGCUGGAGGAGCAGAUCGGCGUGCACCGCAAGUCCCGCAAGGCCCUGUGCGCCAAGCAGCGCACCGCCAAGAAGGCCGGCCGUGAGUUCCCCGAGGCCGACGCUGAGAAGCUCAAGCUGGUGACGGAGCAGCAGAGCAAGAUCCAGAAGCAGCUGGACCAGGUGCGGAAGCAGCAGAAGGAGCACACCAACCUGAUGGCCGAGUACCGCAACAAGCAGCAGCAGCACCAGCAGAGCGCCGCCGCGCUGGCCCUCAGCCCCUCGCAGAGCCCCCGGCUCAUGGCCAAGCUCCCGGGGCAGCUGCUCGCCGCCCACAGUGUCCAGCCGCAGCUCCCCCAGCAAACGGGGGCCAUGGUGGGGGCGCAAGGCCUGGGCCAGCAGCCCAACCAGCUGGCAGGGCAAGCGGGCGGCGUGCGCUUGCCCCAGGGCGGCGUCUCCAUGGCGGUCCAGCAGGGCCUGUCCUUCCUGGGGAACGCCGCCGUCCCCAGCACAUCCAGCAGCUUCUUCCCCGGGAGUCCCGCGCUCCGGGGGCUGGCCGCCGACACCCGGCUGAUGCAGGAGAGGCAGUUGCAGAGGAUGCAGCUGGCUCAGAAACUGCAGCAGCAGCAAAGCAUGCUGGGACAGGUGUCGUUGCAGCAGCAAAGCAUGCUGGGACAGGUGUCGCAGCCGCAGCAGCAGCAGCAAAGCAUGCUGGGACAGGUGUCGCAGCCGCAGCAGCAGCAGCAGCAGCAAAGCAUGCUGGGACAGGUGUCGCAGCCGCAGCAGCAGCAGCAGCAGCAAAGCAUGCUGGGACAGGUGUCGCAGCCGCAGCAGCAGCAGCAGCAGCAAAGCAUGCUGGGACAGGUGUCGUCGCAGCAGCAGCAGCAAAGCAUGCUGGGACAGGUGCAGCAGCAGCAAAGCAUGCUGGGACAGGUGUCGCAGCAGCAGCAGCAAAGCAUGCUGGGACAGGUGCAGCAGCAAAGCAUGCUGGGACAGGUGCAGCAGCAGCCCCCUGCUCCCCAGCAGGGCGGUGCGGGGCAGCCCAUGGUUCCGAAGCAGCAGGGCAUCCUGGUCCAGCAGCUCUCGCCGCAGCCGCAGCCAGGGAUGAUGGGGCACUCCCAGGCGUCCAUGCUGCAGCAUCAGGGCGUGGCGGGCCGCCAGAACCCCCCGAGGCAGGUGCUGUUAGCGCCCCACCAGCAGAGGGUGCUGGGCUCGCCUCAGCUGGUGCAGCAAACUCAGGGCCUCCUGGGCCACCGGCUGAUUUUAUCGCCGGCGCAGCAGCAGCAGGCCGGACUUCUGGGCCAGUCACGGCCCUUGCUGACGCAACAGCAGCAGAGCUCUCGCGCCCAGCAUCAGGCCCUGCUGGGUCAGGGGCAGGGGCAGGCCGCCCAGCCGGGCCUCGUGGGGCAGGGGCAGGCUGCCAAGCAGCAGCUACAGCACUUUCCACAGCAUGGGGCCCUGGGCCAGUCCCCCUCCAUGCCACACUUGAGUCAGGGAGGUCAGCCAGCCCCGCAGGGCGCGGCCGCCAAGGAGCAGCAGGGAGGGGCAGAGAGCGCUGUGCUGCCCCCAGAGGGUGCCGAGGGCAGGGGACAGCAUCAGGUUCAGCUGACCGCCGCUGUGGGUGUGCCGGGCAGCCAGGACCUCGGGGGGCAGCCGCACAUGGGCCCUCAGGAGCAGCUGGGCAUUCAGAACCUCAGUCCCCUGGCGCUGGCCGGCCAGGAGCAGCAGCUGCAGAAACACCAGCCUGAGCUGGGGCAGCAGCCGGCCAUGGCGAGCUCCCUGCAGCUCCAGCAGCCGCAGCGAAUGCAGGGGGGCCAGCAACAAAGCAGCCUGCUUCAUCCGCCGCUGCAGAACAGCGGGGGGCUGGCGCAGCUGGGGGGCGCCAUGAGGCAAGAGCAGCCGCACUCGGACCCUGCCCAGGGGCCUCACUUGCUGGCCCCGCAGGGCUCGGUGGCAGAACAGCAACAGCAGCCCGGGAGCAUGACGAGCCAGGCGCAAAGGAUUGCGGGCCAGCCGCCAACACAAAGCCAAGAACAGCAGCCGAAAGGGCUGGGGAGCCAGCGGCAGCCGACCGCGGGGCAGCGGCUCCCCAGCCCGGCAGGGCAGCACAAGGCUGGGCCGAUGGGGCAGCCGCAGCAGAGCCUGCUGGUCCCGCAGGCAUCCCACGCGCAGAGUAUCCUGAGCCAGGUGUCCGCUCCGGUGAUGGGCCAAUUCCGAGCUCAGCUGCAAGGCGUCAUCUCCAAAAACCCGCAGCUGCGGCACCUCACCCCGCAGCAGCAGCAGCAGCUGCAGGCCAUCCUGGUGCAGCGCCACCAGCAGAGCCUGCUGCAGCAGAGCCAGGCACUGAGGCAGGCUGGCCCCUUCCCGGGGCAGGCCCAGGCAUCGCUGGAGCAGGGGCCGCACCCUCCCUCGGCCCUGCCGGCCUCCGUGGUGCACCAGCAGCCGAGGCAGCCGGGGACGGUGUUCCAUGUCCGGCCAGCCGGCCCCUCCGCUGCUGCAGAGCAGAUGCAGCCAGGGUUUGUCAUGGAGCAGGCGACCGCCGGCCAGCAGAGAGUGCCGCUGAGCGCCCCCCAGCAGCCACUAGCGGAACUGGUGCACACGGCACUGGUGGGGCGUAGUCCCCAGCAGGGGGUGCUCAGACUCUCGGCCCCGCCGGUGGCCACCCCGGUCCCGGCGCCCAUGAGCAUGGUCAGCCUGGGCUCUGUGCAUCAGCACCCCCCACCCAGCCGGGAACAGAGCCCCCAAGAGCCAAAGGAAGCCUCCCCGCCCACCCUGGCCAGGCCGCCCAGUGUGGCACAGAGCCCUGGGGCGCAGCCCGAGCACAGGCUGACGCCCAUGCAGAAUAGCUUCCUGGUGGAGCCGGUGCCCGCUGUCCCAAAGCCACCCCCCAGCCAAACAGGGGAGGAGUCCUUUGCUGGGACCCCUGGCCACUGGGAGCCAGCAGCGCAGGGUCCCAAUUCCUCUCCCAGCAUGGAGCCCAUGGAUGGAUCGAGAAAGCCACUGGACCGCAGCCUGGCCGGGAGUCAAGUCAACGGGCAGGUGGUAGAAAGGCCGGGCCCACAGGCCUCUCCUCUGGAAGGGGGGGCCCUGCCAACCGAGGCCCCCGGGGUCUGCAUCAAGCAGGAGCCCAAGGAGGAGACGGCGCCGUGCGUGCUGGGCGGGGGCCAGGCUGUGAAACGCGAGGCCAACGGGGAGCCGGCGCCCACCCCAGCCAACAAGCUCCUGAUGGGUAGCCAGCUGCUGGCGGGCGCCAGGUCUGAGGCUGGGCACCUGCUGCUGCAGAAGCUGCUGCGGGCCAAGAACGUGCAGCUGGCGUCGCAGCGCUCCGCCGAGGGGCUGCGGUCCGAGCUCAACGGGCACAGUGACGGCAAGCUCUCGGGGCUGGAGCAGAGGCUGCAGGCAGCGCCCCCCGGCAGAGAGGAUCCCUCCGCCAGCAAGAAGCCCCCGGCCCCGAAGCCCAAACGGGCCCAGAAGAGCGGGGAGCGAGUGGCCGCCUCCCGCAAGAAGCUGCGCAAGGAGGAUGGGCUCAAAUCCAGCGAGGCCCUAAUGAAGCAGCUGAAGCAGGAGCUCUCCCUGCUGCCCCUGGUGGAACCCACCAUCACGGCCAACUUCAGCCUCUUUGCGCCCUUCGGCAGCAGCCCCAUCAACGGCAAGAGCCAGCUGAAGGGGGCGUUCGGCAGCGCCGUGCUGGACAGCGUCCCCGACUACUACACGCAGCUGCUCACCAAGAACAACCUGAGCAACCCGCCCACCCCACCCUCCUCGCUGCCCCCCACUCCGCCCCCCUCCGUGCAGCAGAAGAUGGUGAAUGGCGUCACCUCCUCGGAGGAGCUGGCCGAGCAGCCCAAGGAGCCGGACCAGGCCCGGGAAGCCGAAGGCCGGAAGGACGCGCCCGCCGUGGAAGUGAAGAGCCUGGACCUGCUGGCAGCCUUGCCCACGCCCCCGCACAACCAGACAGAGGACGUGAGGAUGGAGAGCGACGAGGAGAGCGACUCCCCCGACAGCAUCGUCCCCGCCUCGUCCCCAGAGAGCGUCCUGGGCGAGGAGCCGCCCCGCUUCCCCCUGCUGGCCGAGGCGAAGCCGGAGCUGCAGGAGCGGGUGCUGUCGCCAGUCAUCCCCAUCAUCCCCAGGGCCAGCAUCCCAGUGUUCCCCGACCCGAGGCCCCCCGAGGCACGGGAGCCCUUCGGGGAGCACGGCGGGAAGGUGGCCCUGGCGCAGGGCAUCGCCUGGGAGAAGGGGAAGGGCAGCGAAGUCUCUGUCAUGCUGACCGUCUCGGCUGCGGCUGCUAAGAACCUGAACGGCGUCAUGGUGGCCGUGGCCGAGCUGCUCCGCAUGAGGAUCCCCAGCUCCUACGAGGUGCUGUUCCCCGAGAGCCCAGUGCGGGGCUCCGGGCCUGAGGCCAAGAAGGUGGAGACGGACGGGGCUGGUGGGCUCGGCGGCAAGGCCAAGGCGGCGCUGGCCGGGAAAGCCCCCGACGCUGGCACCGAGUGGCUGAAGCAGUUUGACGCCAUGCUGCCGGGGUACAGCCUCAAGAACGAGCUGGACAUCCUGACGCUGCUCAAACAGGAGAGCCCGGCGCUGGAGAAGGCCGUGCAGCACUGCUACGUGAAUAACGUGUCCAACCUGGACGUGCGUCAGCUCUCCGUCCUGCCCCAGGAGCCAUCCCCACCCCUGUCCCCCCUGGUCCCCUCCCCUGCCAGCCCCGCCCCCGGGGACAGGAUCCCCGAGGCACCCCCCGAGGAGGCCCCCGCGCCCCCCUCCCCGCCCGCCCUCUCCCCGCCCUCCAAGGAGGAGGCGGCUCGUUCGCCGCCCAAGCUCAAGCAGCGCUCGCGGCCCCCGGAGGAGGGAGAGGAGCCCCGGCCCCGGCUCAAGAAGUGGAAGGGGGUGCGGUGGAAGCGGCUGCGCUUCCUCAUCACCAUCCAGAAGGGCGGCGCCAAGCAGGACGGCGAGAAGGAGAUCUCCGAGUUCAUCGAGAAGCUGGGCACCACCCUGCGGCCUGAGAAGGUGCCCCGGGACCUGCGCAAAUGCUGCUUCUGCCACGAGGAGGGGGACGGUGCCACCGACGGGCCCGCCCGCCUCCUCAACCUUGACCUGGACCUCUGGGUGCACCUGAACUGCGCCCUGUGGUCCACCGAGGUGUAUGAGACUCAGGGCGGGGCGCUGAUCAACGUGGAGGGGGCGCUGCACCGAGGGCUGCUCACCAAGUGCUCCCUGUGCCAGAAGACGGGCGCCACCAACAGCUGCAACCGCAUCCGCUGCCCCAGCGUCUACCACUUCGCCUGCGCCAUCCGGGCCAAGUGCAUGUUCUUCAAGGACAAGACCAUGCUGUGCCCGCUGCACAAGCUCAAGGGCCCCUGUGAGCAGGAGCUCAGCACCUUCACCGUCUUCCGGCGCGUCUACAUCGAGCGGGACGAGGUGAAGCAGAUCGCCAGCAUCAUCCAGCGCGGCGAGCGCCUGCAUAUGUUCCGCGUGGGCGGCCUGCUCUUCCACGCCAUCGGCCAGCUGCUGCCCCACCAGAUGGGCGACUUCCACAGCGUCACGGCCCUCUACCCCGUGGGCUUCGAGGCCACCCGCAUCUACUGGAGCCUGCGCACCAACAACCGCCGCUGCUGCUACCGCUGCACCGUCUGCGAGAACAACGGGCGCCCCGAGUUCGUGGUGCAGGCCAUCGAGCAGGGCCUGGAGGACCUGGUCUUCACCGACGCCUCGCCACAGGCCGUCUGGAACCGCAUCAUCGAGCCAGUGGCGGCCAUGAGGAAGGAGGCCGACAUGCUGCGGCUCUUCCCCGAGUACCUGAAGGGCGAGGAGCUCUUUGGUCUCACGGUGCACGCGGUGCUGCGCAUUGCCGAGUCCCUGCCUGGCGUGGAGAGCUGCCAGAAUUACCUGUUCCGCUACGGGCGCCACCCGCUGAUGGAGCUGCCGCUCAUGAUCAACCCCACCGGCUGUGCCCGGUCCGAGCCCAAGAUCCUCACCCACUACAAACGGCCCCACACCCUGAACAGCACCAGCAUGUCCAAGGCCUACCAGAGCACCUUCACGGGGGAGACCAACACGCCCUACAGCAAGCAGUUUGUGCACUCCAAGUCCUCGCAGUACCGCCGCCUCAAGACCGAGUGGAAGAACAACGUGUACCUGGCGCGCUCCCGCAUCCAGGGGCUGGGGCUCUAUGCCGCCAAGGACCUGGAGAAGCACACCAUGGUCAUCGAGUACAUCGGCACCAUCAUCCGCAACGAGGUGGCCAACCGGCGCGAGAAGAUCUACGAGGAGCAGAACAGAGGAAUCUACAUGUUCCGCAUCAACAAUGAACACGUCAUCGACGCCACGCUGACGGGGGGCCCAGCCAGGUACAUUAACCACUCCUGCGCCCCAAACUGUGUGGCUGAGGUCGUGACCUUCGACAAGGAAGAUAAGAUCAUUAUCAUUUCCAGCCGCCGGAUUCCCAAAGGGGAGGAGCUGACCUACGACUACCAGUUUGACUUUGAAGACGAUCAGCAUAAGAUCCCCUGCCACUGCGGAGCCUGGAACUGCAGGAAAUGGAUGAACUAGCCACCACGGGGCCACCAGUCACAGGCAGCCCCGGGGGCACAGCAGAGCCUGCUGAAGGAGGCCUCUGUUGCGGGUUCUCCUCCCCCUUUGCCAUGCUGGGGGCAGGGGACGCAGAGAUGGCGCAGGGGAAACGUCCCCAUCUGGAACCCAGGAAGCGAGGUUGGUGCAGGUGGAUCAGCCGGGGCCACCUUCGGUUCCAAAGGCGAGGUGGCUCCAGGGGGCGCCCGUCCUUGCUCACACCCAUCGGAUGCUGCCCGCCUCACCUCCACAGGGAGGGCGUAUCGAAAAGACCAGGGACCUCGGUGCUCUCCCUAGCCACUCCAGCCCUGCGUGCCUCGGCCCUGGGCCUCUGCUGGCAGGGCGCUGCUCUCCCCGGGUGGGUGGCCGCAGCGCCAUGAGUGGAACCGAUGAACUGGCAACUCAGGGUUUUCUUUGUUUUGUUUUGUGAGGAGGGUGGGGCCUGUGGCACCAACAAAACCUGCCCUGUCCGCCUUGCUCACUGUAAAUAACUGGAUGGAUGCGGGGUGAUCGGGGUGCUCCAGCUUGGAGUCCGGGGCGGGGCGGCCGAGGUAUAGGACCCACGGGGAGCUCAGAUCCAGUCUGUCUGUUUAAAAAAAAAAAAACUAAUAAUAUUUGCUCGCUAACUUACCAAGGUAACAAAGAGACUCCUUGAGCUUGACAAUCCCAAACCUCCCAGCCCGGCUCUCUGGAGACAGACAGAGCUCGCUUGGGCUUCGGUUUAUUUCUUGUUCCGUCAACGAAAGCACCGUGAGCAUGUGAAGGAGGCACCCGCUGCUGGAGCAGAGCUGGGGAGAGCCGCGUGCAGAAAAGGGCUCCCCACCCCCAUGGACGCAAGGAGCCUCUGCACCCAAACCUACCUCAUUUUAAGUGUUAGAUUCUGCUGUUUUCAAUGUGACCCUCCCUCCGAGACUGACCACACGCAACCUUCCUCGUUCUGAAUGAGAACUAGUGGCCGUGGGGGGAGCCUGGGGCAGAGGGAGAUUGUUGCCUUGAGCUCUGACCUGGUUCUGCCUGGAAGGAGAGAGACCAUAAAAUAUCCCAGGAUCCCCUCCCCCCACCUGUGGGGCCCGCCCGGUUAGGUGCACAGGUGUGUUCCUGGCGACUCCCCCACCGUGCACAAAGCUGGGCUCUCUGCUGCCAGCCCAGAGGCAGAGCCCAGGAGAGGUGGGGGUUCGGGGCUUGAAUUAGAACGUGCCAAGACCCUGGCCCUGCUUCCACCCACCUUCCCAGCCCAGUGCAAGCAGCCCCCGAGCGCCGCUGCCGGACACUGAGCCCAGCGUGUCGGGGAGACCAGGUGUCCGUUCAAGCCCCUGGGGCUGGAGGAGCUGAGCUCCAUGGGGAGCCUGGUUUCAGGCUGCUGCCAUACUCCUGAGUCUGGGGGUGGGGUAGGGGGCCAAGCUCUGCUCUGGGCCCUGCCUCAGCCACUCCGCUCCCCCACUAACCAGCUCCCCUUUCACUAGCAGAACUGCUGCUCCAGGCUGGCCUGAGGAGGCUGUCUGGGUCUGUAAUGUCGGCGUGGUAUGGGGGGUAUUUAUCUAUUUAUACCUUAGCUUGUAUAUAUUAGAAUCUUGGGGGGCUCUCUUCUGUGCUCUGCUUGGCUGAGAUUUUGGACGGUGCGGGAGGGGAGAUCUUGGGGGGGGAAGGGGGGGCAUGUUCCAUAACUCAACCAGGGGGAGCAAACAUCCUCCCCACUCCCUGCUCUUGUCUUCAUUGUUAAAUAGAAACCCCGUAUGUGACGGGGUCCAGGAGCCUCCUGCCAGGCGUGGGCUCCCCAGGGAAGGGAGAGGAUUGGUGACAUUACAAACCGGGCACCACGUCUCGUCCUCCAGCCUCCCCCUGCCACAGCACCCUCUUGCUGACGGUUGAAUGCUCAUCCGGGAGGGACCUUCUAAGACUGCUGUAAACCAGAUGGGGCAGGAGGUCCCGCUCUCGCUGCCCCUUUCCAGUAAACUGUAUCGUUUGACAUCUCUUAACGCACAAAGGCCUGACACCCCCACCCCCUCGGGGAUGGCAUAGGGAAUAGCACAGUUGGGAGGAAAGAAGCAGAACGAACUCCUGCAGUGCUCUCCCAUGCCACAGCUGCCUGGCUCAGCUGAGGAGGGGUCUCUUUUGUAUUAAACUUCCUUCCUCUCCUGGGGCGGGAGAGGGAAUGAAAUGAAGUGAGAUUUAUUUUGGGGGGAGUGAAAUCUGGGGGAGGGGGCCCCAGGGCAUUUUAUGUUUUUAAAUCAAAAGAUUUUGAGUGAGAGAGAAGAAGUGUCGUGUUUUUAAAAAGCUGCUUCUGCAACUAUUCAAAGCUGCAAAAGGUUUAAAAUGAAAUGUUGGAACUCGGGGUGAGGGCAGGGAAUAAUAAAAUAAAAACUAUACACAAAAUUUAAAUUUAACCCUGUAAAUAAAAUGGGAGCUGUGUAGAGAAAAAACCGUUUUUACCAAUAAUAAAACCACUGGAUGUUAUUUUAAAAUAAAGAUGUGUGAGAGAGAAAAAGCCAGUAUAACUUUUUUGUUUUUUUCCAUUAACUUGGAAGGCUGUAAAGUGUAUAAAAUAAAAAUUUAAAAAAUUACUACAAAAAAACAAUUAAAGCUGGGAAAGAGGAAAGAAAAUACCAGAAUAUAGCAGGUUGUAAGACUUUUUAGACUAUGGUUAGAGUAUAAAAUAGUCCUGUAGAUUUUAGCUGGGGAGGGGGGAACCCUAUACAGUUUUUAAUUUUUAUAUAAACUAUAAUCCAGCCCCAGAGCUGACAUUUGAUUUUUUUUUUUAAAGUUCUCUGCUUGUAAAAUUGCAUUCAAAGCCUUGUCCAAUACUUCUGUUUGUUUACAGUUGCAGAUAUUAUCUUCUAAGUUUUACCUUUUAUGACCCUGAAAUAACCAUUUAUUAUUUUGUUGGGUUUUUUUAAAAAAAUAAAGUUUAAAAUAAAACUAUGGCAAGCGUGGACUCUGUGAGGAAUCUUCCUGUGUGUUUUGGGGUUUUAUUUUUUGUGUGUACCCUGUACAGCGAGGUGGUCCUUCGUAACAAAGAAAAGAAUGGAAAAAAUAAAAUUAUUCCUUUUUUAAGAAAAACAAAAAAAUGAACUUGUAUGUGGCAUGUUUUGUAUUGGAUAUAAUUUUGAAAUGUAUAUAAUUUAUGUUUAAAGAGGCAAAGAGUGAGUUUCAAAUUUUGCUUCUCUGAGUUUGUUUUUAAAGGAAAAAAAUAAAAGUGCAUUUUAAAUACUGGGUGA